UCACUACGCGUUGCGGAAAUCCCUUCGCAACUGCUGUUGGUCUUCUUGAUGAUGGUCGAAAGCCGUUUUCUACCGAUCAAAUUCCUGUCAAAUCGUUGCUUUUCGUCUAUUCAACUCAGCGACAUACGAUGCUGAGCGUCUCAAUCGCACAUGGUAUAAAUUACCUGCUCAAGGGUCAUGAAGUCCCAUCAGACGACCAGUCCUCUUGGCCAUUUACGCAGAGUCUUUCGUUUAUAUACACCCAUUCGUUCUCAUCACUGUCCUUUCGGAACGCCUUUCGUCUUCGUAUUACACCAGUUUCGUUCCCAUUAAUACCAUUCUCUUCUUCAUCAUGCCGAAAUCCAACUUCUUCGGCCUUCUUUCUUUACUUCCGCUGCUGGUCUCUGCGGCUAAUGACUGGUCAAUCCCUUGUCUUGACGGGUCAUGUUCUUGGGAUGUUCCCUCCGGCGAAAAUACCAUGGCAGGUACCAUGACUAUUACCGGCUCUACCAACGCUAUCUCGGACAUUACGACAGCUGCAGGCUGGGAAAUUCUCAACUGCACUACGGAUGCCGAUGCACAGGACAUUCGCAUCGUCUGUUCGGGAGAUGAGGAAUCCUGUUCUCAUCUUUUCCAGAAUGGAGCUGAACAUACGCUUGUCCGUCUGCCUCAGAAUUGCGGCCCGAGCCCGUUUGCUCGUGUCGUAAGCUGCGGAGAAGCCGAGGACCAGUCUCUUCCGGAACAUCUCAACGCUCGUCUUAGACGUCGUGAUGGGUCAACCCCGACUGUUCACGCUGUUUCUUUUGAUACGAACUUUGAUCAAGUCCCUUCUUCCCAACAUGGAAACGUGUCAUUGCUUGUUUUCGGCUCAACUAUUCCUGGAUUUAACGGCAAUGCUACGAUUACUCCGGCAGGAUCCAAGCGUCGCUCUCGCAUAGUCAAUAAGCGAGGAAUCAUUGAUUCGUUGUUUGGCGAUUUCAACCAGACGAAGUCUACGGAUCUUCCUCCCAUCAAUAUCGAUCAAAAGUUCAAUAUUUUCAACAAAACACUUUCUUGCUCUGCGCAGGAGCAAGCAAAGUUGAGCGUCGAUGUUGAUGCAAAGGUCAACGCGCAGGUCACGAUUGGUGCCGUCCUCGCCGGUUCUAUCAUUCCACCAAAGGUCAAGGAAUUUGGCCUAUUUUCAGAUGUAUCAGCGGAUCUUGACGGAGGUCUCACCAUCGAUGCCAACAUUGCCGGAGAAGUUGAUACCGGAAAGAUUCCGCUCUUUACUGUUGGUCUUCCCGGCCUUGACAUUCCGAAAAUUCUUUCUCUCGGCCCUACAUUCAACAUCGACGCCGAAGCAAAGGCUACCAUUGAUCUCGAUGUCGCUAUGUCCGUUGAUCUAGCUUAUGGAGUGUCCGAUUUACAGCUGUUCUUCCCGCCGUCCGAUGGCAAAACUUCAAGCGCUGUUGUCGCACCAAAGGAUACUCCAUUGAAGCUGUCUGCAAGCCCUAAUAUUCAGUCGAACGCCACCUUAGAAGUUCAUCUCAUUCCCAGUCUCAACUUUGGCCUGAGCGCUUUCUCGACUGUGGAAGCAACAGUGUUCUUGGACGUCGAUACUUUUGCUGCAUUGGACCUCGGCCUUGCAGCUGGUGCAACUGCGAGUGUUGACUCCACUGGUGCUACUGGUGCUUCUGCACAGGUUGGAGGUUGUGUUGACGUGAAUGGUGGAGUGUCUGUCAACGCCGGUGCAGAAGGAUCUUUCUUCAGUCUUUUCGACGAUAGUACCCAGAUCACACUUUUCUCAAAGGACUUCGACUUCUUCAAGAAAUGCUUCGAGGAGUCCACUUCUACUUCGAACUCUUCGACGAACUCUACGACAUCCACAUCCAGCACUGUUUCUGCAUCCGCAUCAUACGUCAACGCAUCAUCCACUGCAAGUCUAAGUGUCUCGGAGUCAGCGAGCGCUUAUGUUUCUGUUUCAUCAACCGCAUCUGCAAAUGCAUCGUUUACGCCUAGUACCAGUCUGAGUGCAUCUUCUAGUCUUGCUACAUCCGAUCUGGUAUCUGCAUCGGGUGCGGACUCGACUGUUGCUGAUGGCUCGACAACGACCCUUUCUGCUUCAAGCACCGCCGAAACUUCCACAAUUGACUCAAGUACUGUCGCUGAUGAUUCGACAACGGUAUUAUCCUCUUCGACCACGUCCAAGGCCGCCAUGGCUACUUCCACAAGCUCCAAAGGCUCGAAGGGCCAAAAUCACUCUCGCGCUCGUCGUGCACACGCUCCGGCACACGUCAAACUCGCGAGGAGGGACUUCCAGUGCCUGGCAGCUGAUAUUACAGCGGCGACUUCUCUUGUUGACCAGACUUUGUCGAGUUCAAAAUUUACGUCUUGAGUGUGAUUGGCGAAACGUUACUUGUUGUAUUGUAAUGCGAUCUUGUAACAGGCAACACGUUUACUCGUCUACUCUUCCUGCCCUGCUUUCUGUUCUGCCUUUUCUUUUUGCUGUCGUUUGGUGUGGCUCCUACUUCGACCUUCCCAUAGCCAUAUCCUGUUUGGUUUACUUUAGCUCUACUGCCC